AUGGUGGCCCAGACAUGGAGCUUCGGAGACUCGAAUCUGUUCUUCAAGUCGCUGUUCUGGCGGCUGGAGGACACCUCACACGACUCGCCAAUCAUCCGUAAGCCAAGCCAGAGCAACACAUCUGCCUGGCCCACACUCUUCGAGCGGUUGCAACGACUGGACCAGCUCUUCCAGGCCUGGCAUGGGCAACUCCGAUCCUUUUUUACCAGCCAACGCUGUGACCAGGAUCCGAGCAGCUCUCGUGUACGAGGCAAGAGCGUGGAUGCCACAGAGCUCUCGGACGGCUACUCGUCCUGUGAAGAAGGACCUGGGGAGCACUCGACAUUGAGAAGACGCUCAUCCAAGCCUCGACCACGUAGCAAGACGCUGUCAGACUGCAGCCUCGAGGUCAACAGCAGUCGCAAACCUGUAACAGAUCAGAUAGACAGCCGCGCACCGACCGUGCGUCCUCCCGCCAUGCAGAUCUGCAUCAUGAUCGUCGGUACCCGAGGCGACGUGCAGCCAUUCCUGGCCAUAGCUAAACGACUGCAACAAGACGGACAUCGAGUACGCCUCGCCACCCACAAGAUCUAUCGAGAGUUCGUAAUAAGUCAUGACGUUGAGUUCUACCCUUUAGGAGGCGAUCCGAAGGAACUAGCAGCCUACAUGGUGAAGACAGGAGGCAGACUUAUCCCUCCACUGAAUCUGGAGACAUUACAGAAGGACGUCCCGAGACAGAUGGAGAUUUUGGAGGACAUUUUGAUGUCGACGUGGCCUGCAGUGUCCGCUCCCGAUCCAGACGGCGAAGCGCCUGGUGUCCCUGGCUCAGUGUUCAGAGCACAAGCAAUUAUCUCCAACCCCGUGACCUACGGACACAUUCACGUAGCAGAGAAGCUUGGUGUGCCUCUGCAUAUCAUGUUCCCGCAGCCGUGGGUGCCCACCGUGGCGUUCCCCCAUCCCAUGUCGAAUCUGCCGUAUCAAGACAAACCGCAGAAGAGAAAUUAUCUGUCGUACAAGCUCGUGGAUCUGUUGAUGUGGGAGGGCACGGAACGUAUCGUCAACACCUUCAGAAGCGACGUACUGGGUCUGCCUCGUAUCCGGAAAGGAGGUCGCGGCUCCGAAAUGCUCUUGGACUUGAAUAUCCCGCACUCGUUCAUGUGGAGUCCGUUGUUGGUACCGAAACCCUUUGACUGGGGCGAUCUUUACGAUGUUGUUGGGACAGUAACACUUACGACGGAAGCCUCGUCGUACUCGCCGUCUCCAGAGCUCGAAGCUUUCCUGGGUAACGAUGGAGGACCCAUUUUCGUUGGAUUCGGAUCGAUGGUGCUUGAAGAUCCUCACGCGACGACCAAGAUGAUCAUCGAGGCAGCAAAGCAGGCGAAUGUGAGAGUGUUGAUCCAGUCAAGUUGGACAGAUAUGGCCGGUGAUAUGGAGAUUCCUGACAACGUCUUGUUCAUGGGAGACUGUCCGCACGAUUGGCUUCUGCCACGUUGCUCUGCAGUCGUACAUCAUGGAGGCGCAGGCACUACAGCAGGAGGCCUGCUAGCUGGCAAACCCACUUUCAUUGUGCCGUUCUUCGGAGAUCAGCCGUUCUGGGGUCGAGCUGUGGUGAGUGCAGGCGUUGGAGUGGACCCGUGUCCAAUCAAUGAGCUGACGACGAAGAAGCUUCGAGCUGCGUUUAAAGAGCUGCAGAGCCCCUUCCUCCGCAAUCGCGCUCUGAGACUGCAAAGGCGAAUGCAGCAGGAAGAUGGCGCAGAGGAAGCAGUAAAGAGCUUCUAUCGACAUUUGCCUCUGCGUCGGAUGCGAUGCGAUCUCGACCACGAGGCGAUGGCGACCAAGUGGAGACGGCAAGAUGGCGUUAAGGUCUGUGAGCGUUGUAGCGUUCAAAGUAACAGCAAGGACGUGAUUGAGUACCGGCCCGUGGACUACGCUGCCAGAGGCCAAGAACUGACGAGCGUCGCACGAUUCACAUGCGGACCGUCACCUCCUGGCGCUACUUUGUUCCUGCAAGAGGUUGGCUGGGCUGUCGCGUGCCUGAACCACAUCGGUGGCGUCGUGCGGGACAUCAGCCACUUCCUGCUGCUCUCGUGCUUCACGUCAUGGGACGUCGUUCCGCCAUGUAUGACGCGCUUCCAGCCGUCUCAGAAAAUUCACCCGCAUCAACAUGGGUCUUGUUUAGGCCAGAUUACCCGUGAACAUAGCGUACCCAUACAAAUACCCAGUGGAACUUUCACUACAAGUAUCCACAGUCCAUCAUUCCGCCUUCCACCCGUAGAGACACAAGGAACGAUGCCUCACGAGUGCAAAUUCCACGAGUGGAAUCAGCGCUUCAAGGCCACUUUCCACAAGGAAUCAAAGACGUUGGCCAUCGCUCCUCCCCCUGAAGAUGUCCGCACCGCUGGCAUCGCAGUGCACGGACCCGAUGGUCGCAUCCGUCUGGACGUGGCGGAGGAGGAAGAAAUCGACUUGGACGCUCUACGCCGCAGAUCCAGGAGCACCAUGGAUGACGAGGAGGGUCUCCAGCUUGAGAAGGCCUCACUCAAUUGGCCACCAGUACUCAACAUCUGCAUUAUGAUCGUCGGAACGAGAGGAGACGUGCAGCCGUUCCUGGCCAUAGCGCAGCGACUGCAACAAGACGGACAUCGCGUGAGACUCGCCACCCACGCCAUCUACCGAGACUUUGUGACGAGUUAUGGGGUGGAAUUCUACCCUCUAGGCGGCGAUCCCAAGGAAUUAGCCGCCUAUAUGGUCAAAACCGGAGGCCACCUCAUCCCAACGAAAGUCGAGACGAUACAGAAGGACGUACCCCGGAACUUGCAGAUGAUCGACGAGAUUCUGCACUCUACGUGGCCCGCAGUGUCCGCUGGAGACCCGGAAGGAGGAGGACCAGGCGUAAAGGGCAAACCCUUUCGAGCCCAAGCCAUUAUCUCGAACCCCGUGACGUAUGGACACAUCCACGUGGCUGAACGUCUGGGUGUUCCUCUGCAUAUAAUGUUCCCGCAGCCGUGGGUGCCCACAACAGCGUUCCCUCAUCCAUUGGCCAAUAUGCCGUACUCUGGCAAGUCUCAGAAGAGGAAUUAUCUGUCCUACAAGCUCGUGGAUCUGCUGAUGUGGCAGGGAACGGAAGGAAUCGUGAACGAAUUCCGCACUGAAGUGCUGAGACUGCGUAAGAUCCGCAAAGGAGACGGCGGUCGCGACAUUCUACUGGACCUGCACAUCCCUCACGCCUUUAUGUGGAGUCCGGAGCUGGUCCCGAAGCCCAAGGACUGGGGAGAUCUCUACGACGUGGUGGGGACAGUGGUGCUCAAAGGCACGGCCUCUUCCUACACACCGACGCCGGAGCUGGAGGCGUUUCUGGGCACUGACGAAGGUCCGAUCUUUGUGGGUUUCGGCUCGAUGGUGCUGGAAGACCCGAAAGCCACCACCAAGAUGAUCAUCAACGCCGCGACGCAAGCGAAGGUGCGUGUGUUGAUCCAGUCGAGUUGGAGCGACAUGGCCGGAGACUUGGUGAUCCCAGAUAACAUUUUCUUCCUUGGGAAUUGUCCACACGACUGGCUGAUGCCUCGUGUGAGUGCCGUGGUGCAUCAUGGCGGCGCAGGGACAACAGCAGCGGGGCUACUGGCUGGCAAACCGACAUUCAUCGUCCCGUUCUUUGGAGAUCAGCCGUUCUGGGGCUGGGCGGUGCAGCGAGCAGGUGUGGGAGUGACGCCGUGUCCGAUUGAAGAGCUCACGACGGAGAAGCUGCGAGUGGCGUUCAAAGCCCUUCAAAGCCCUGAUAUGCGGAGUCGCGCGCUGGAAAUCCAGCAGAAAAUGCAGCGAGAAAGCGGCGCGGACGAAGCCGUACGCUGUUUCUACCGACAUUUACCCGUCCAGGACAUGCGCUGCGAUCUGGAUCACUCUCGAGUGGCGACCAAGUGGUGUCGGAAGGACAAACUGAAGCUCUGUGAAGUGUGCGACUUUGUGAUUGCCUCUCAGCCAGAGAACUUCGAGAGGAAGGUGGUGGACUAUCAUUUCGUCGACUACACAGCUCGAGGCCCUGCGCAUGGCUUUGCUGGGGCUUCAGCCGGUGCAGCGGCGUUCUUCCAUGAGUUGGGCGGUGCGUUCAAAGACGUGGUAGUUAAACCCGCGCGAGGAUUCCGUGAAGAAGGCCCCAAAGGCGCAGUGAUUGGAGUGGUGAAAGGCGUGAGUGGCCUCGUGAUCCGCCCCGUGCAUGGCGUCGCGUUGUUUGCAGACCAUAUUGCAGCGGGUCACGCGAAUUACUUCAACGAUACGGGUCGUAGGAAGCGUGGCAGUGUGUUCGACAAGACGUUUAUGGCUGCUUUGGGGAAGGAAAACGGCUUGAUUGACUCGUACACGUCUGGAGGCGCCUCUGAAGAGAUCGAGACGCAUCGCUGUAUUGGUCCCAAGAAGGAGGUGCGAAGGAAAGUGGAGCUCAACGUGUCGGACGAAGUUAAACUCGAGUACCAAGCACGGUUCCGAGAGAUCGUGAGUGAGCAUCGAGACUCGCUUGAUCGCAUUGAUCGGAACUCUUCCGUCUCCUUCAGCGCCUCGGACGCGGAGAGCGAAUCAUCGCCCAGAGACGGGAUCCAAAUCGUCUCUGCUGACUUCACAGAGUCUGGCAACAUCGGCGUCAAGUUCAACGUCGGAUCCAAGUCACCAGACGCUAUCAGCGAGGCGAAGAUCGAGGAGUGGCGUCAAUAUUCCAAACUGCAGAAGGUCAAGUCGGAGCGCAUCCUCAAGAUCUUCACGGGCACUAGAAUACCGUCGAUGAACAUUUGUCUGGCGACGAUCGGGACUUGGGACAACAACGUCAAGCAGCUUGUGGCCAUAGGUAUGCGCAUGGCAGCGGACGGUCAUCGUGUUCGCGUUGCAGCCAAUGAAGAGUUUCGAGAGGAUAUUGUGGCACGUGGCUUGGAGUUUUAUCCGCUGGCAGGGGCAGUGAAGAAUAUCCACGACUUUAUCAAGUAUCUGCACGACACGAAGAACGCCAACGUCAUCCAGAAGCACAAGGCCGGGCGCCCUGUUCUCGGGCCGCUCAAGGACUUCGUGUACUCUUUGUGGCCAGCAGCAAAUGGCGCUGACCCGCACGGACGCGGUCAUAACAUCCCUGGGGAACAUUUCCGAGCCGACGCGCUGUUCUGGCAUCCGCUGCUGUUCGGACAUGUCCACGUGGCGGAACGACUGGGGAUCCCACUCCAAUGCUUCAGUUUGGUGCCUUUGUCCCCCACGUUUGCCAUGCCGCAUGUGCUGAGUGCGUUUCUCAUGGACGACAUCAGUCAACUGGGACGUGAGUUCAAGAAGACCAACUGGCUGUCGUACGGAGUGGUGGAUACGGUGCUGUGGCGAGGCAUGGAGGACAUUGUCAACGAUUUCCGAGAGCAUAUUGGGCUGAGAGGCCACUGCAACCAGGCUAGUCCUCUCGCUGACUGGCGUAUCCCGCACGUGUAUCUCUGGAACCCAGCAUUACUGCAGCGGCCAGUGGAUUGGGGACGAGAGCUCAGUGUGGCAGGCUACGUGACGCUUAAAGACGAGCGCGAGAUGGAGAAGAUGCGCAAGUUCAAGUGGAGUCGAUCUCUGAACGAUUUCACGCUGGAGACGUGCCACCCUGUGCUCUACUUUGGCGUGUCGACGUACUGCUUGGAGUCCGUACAGGUCGAUCGACUCCUGCUGCAGAUCGAUAAAGCAGCCGAGCAAGCCAACGUUAAAGUCAUCUUCCAAGCUCGCGAAGGACGAGCUGGUCACGCGCUUUACCACACGGAGAAUAUUUACGAAGUGGAGAGCGAUUUCCCGUAUUCGCUGAUCCUUCGCAAGGUGGCAGCUACGAUCCACUGGGGCGAGCCAGCUAUCGUGGAAGAGGGUCUCGCAGCGGGCAAGCCUGUUGGAAUCUGCGUCAGUGUCUCGUCCCAGUACUACGCGGCGUGUAUGUGUGUGACUGCAGGUGUCGGCAUCCCGCCUAUUGACUUGAGAAAAUGCACGAUCGAGUCGCUGGUCUCGUCCUUCAAGCACGUUCUGCAGCCUGAAAUCCGAGACAAAGCGCAGGAAGUCGCCAAGACUUAUCAACCCGAGCCGGCUCUCGAGAAAGCUGUCGAGACUUUCUACAUGAACCUGCCGCUGCGAGCGAUGCGCUGCGAUAUUGACGACGAGAAGGUCGCUCGAAUCUACGACCCUCGCCUGGAACUGAAGCUCUCUUUUGAAGCCUACAUUGCUAUCCAGCCACUUCGAGCUUACGACGACACGGACGACAUUUCGUACAAACCUUUGUGGUACGAUGGUCGCCGUCCAGCCAAGUUCUCGCUUCGAGACAUUGCUGGAGAUCAAGAGCUGAUCGAUAAGAAACCCACCCACGGAUUGGAAUCAAUUCGCAAAGCUCUGACGUCUUUCGCUUCUCAUGACUCGACCGACUCGACGGCACCUGAAGCGCCUAGAUCUGUUUUGUCGAGACUGACAAGUCGAGUUGCUAUGGUGGUGGAGAAACCGCAGUACUGGUCAACGGCAGAGGACGAAACCAAAGAGAGUCACGCGAUCGUGGCGGCGUACGAGAGAGCGCUCCAACAGCGCGCAAUGCAACAGCCAAAGUCAAAGCCAAGGCAAAAGUCAAGGCGCCAUUGA